GAGGCGCUCAUCGUUCUGAACUCGAUUUUACUGUAAGUCAAGAUGCAAAUGGUUUUUCUGCGCCUGCUGUUUUUGACGUCUCUGCUGUGCAGCUCGACACAUCAAGCUCGUCUUGUUGUGGAUUUCAGCUCCUCUCAGCUUUUUGAAGGAACCCGAGUGGCUCUGAAAUGUGAGGCGGACGACGGCUCUGAAGGCUGGACCGUGAAGAGAAACACAACCAAACGGCUGUCAACGUGUGGAGAGGGCUGGGGGAAACGGACCAACUCCUCCUGCACCAUCGAAUUCCUCUUUGUACAGGAUACUGGUCUGUACUGGUGUGAGUCCAUGUCUGGAUCCUCCAGCAGCAGCAGCAGCAUCCAGCUCUCUGUCUCUGGUGGAUCAGUGAUCCUGCAGAGUCCUGUCCUCCCUGUGAUGGAGGGAGAUGACGUCACUCUGAGCUGCAGAGCAAAGAAUCCAACCCACAACCUCCCAGCUGCUUUCUAUAAAGAUGGCGUCUUCAUCGGCAACGAGUCUUCAGGCAACCUGAUCCUCCACCAUGUUUCCAGAUCUGAUGAAGGCCUCUAUAAAUGUAAUGUCAAAGGUCACGGAGAGUCUCCGUCCAGCAGGAUCUCUGUCAAAGCCAAACCUCCAGUCACCCCGCCGUCCUCCGGAGCCGCGCCCUCCGCCUCGGGCCCAGUACAGCUCACAUACACAGUGCUGCGCCACCUGGUGGUGUUCUGCCCAUACUUCAUCUCCACCAUCAUCCUGGUGUCGUUAUAUCAACCCAGACCAUUAGAAAACAACCUGGAAAAUUCCCCACCCACAGAGUCUGAGCAGGGAACAGAGGUCAAGGUCAAAAUUACCACAAAUAAUUACGUGUAAAUGCAGAGAUAAUGUUCCUAUCAGACUGUUUCAAUUUCAUAUUCAGUUUAUUAAACUUUCAUAGAUAUUGAGUGACGGCAUCACAGAGUGAAAUUCAGUGAAAGAGGUGAACAGAACCUGGUACCAGAAGCCCAUUAAAAUGCUGUUUACAUCGUUUUAAACUGUGUGAUUGUGAGUGGGAAUAAAAAUAGCAGCAGGUAUUUUGUUCCAUAUAACACAGUAGGAGUGUAACA